AUGAAGAUACUCUGCCUCCACGGCGCCUACGGCAGCGCCCACAACUUCAAAGCCCAACUAAGCCCCUUCGCGAACCGCAUGGAAUCCCUCGGCCUCGCGACCUUCCGCUACGCCGAGGGCGCGCACCUCGUCGACGCCCCCGAGGGCCACGAGAACUACUUCGGCGCCCCGCCGCUCUACCGCUUCCUCAGCCUGCGGGAGAUGAGGUCCCUCCGCCCCGAGACGAUCACGGAGAUACAAAAGGGCCUAAACCCCGAGGAUACCAUGCGCAACACCCUCUCCGCGGGCGCCGCGUUCCCGGCGGUCAGCUACCAGGACGCGCUGGAGUCGGUCUUUGAGGUGUUGGAUCGGGAGGGGGAUAUCGACGCCGUGCUGGGGUAUUCGGAGGGCGCGAUGAUUGCGGCGGGGGUCGUGUUGGAGGAGGGGAGGAGGUUGAGGGAGAGUGGGAGGGAGAGGCGGAUUCGGUUUGCCGUCUUCAUUUCAGGGAGCGUCGCGCCGGUGAAAGACCAGACCGGCGAGUUCCAGCUUCCGCUCGUGGGUGAAUGGGAUUCUGUGAUUGAUAUCCCGACGUGCCAUGUCGUGGGGAGUAACGAUACGCUGAUACACUCGGCUUCGGCGCUGUAUAACAUCUGCGACCGGGAGUCGGCGGAGUUGUUUGACCACGGCAGGGGCCACAUCGUCCCUCGCGAUGCGCAGGAUGUGGAGGAUUGGGUGAGGUCGGUUGAGAUGUCAGGGCGGAAGGCGGGUUUGGUCGCGUGA